AUGAGUACCGGCGUCCAAACCGGUCAGUACGUGGAUGUUCCGGCGAAGAAUGUAAGCUAGAAUACGUUAAUCAGAAUCUUAUGUAACUGUAAAAUGUAAUUUUUUUCUAUUUUGUUCUAAUUUCGCGUUAUUUGGCUGAAAAAUAUGUUGUAGCAGAUAUCUGUGUAUCGUGUCGGAAAGUAGGCGGUAUCUUAAAGCUUACUAGAUAUUUUUUGUUGUGAUAUAGCUUAAAAGAAUGAAAUUUUUAUAGUUUAUUUAAUAGUGGAAAUUAUAUUUUUAUUUGAUUUGUGAUUUGGGUCCAAAAAAUGAUAUUGUUGUAGAUACCUAGGUCUUUGGAGAGACCAGCUGUAUCUUUAAAAGUUUUUAAUGUAAGCUAUUGUGUUAUAUAUGAAAAGAAAGGUAAUUUCAUAGGCUAUCUAAUGAUAUACAGAUUAAAGUUUAAAAUUUUGAUAAUCUUAGUAAUUUUUGAAUUUUAGUUCAUCAUUACCCGGAAAACGAAGGAUGAAGUGAUUCGGACUAUGGGAAGACGGAUACCUUGUUUGACUAUGGUUUUUAUUAACGUAAGUGUUUGAAAUAUGUUUUGUUUUGGUUCUGAUAAUAUUUUGCUUGAAGUUUGAUUCUAAAUUCAGAGUUUUUGCAAGUAUAAUAUAAAACCUAUGUGCAGGUACGUGAAAAACCUUGUUUUUGCUCAAGUUUGAUGUGUUCUGUGCUGUUUUUCUAUCGUAAAAUGUUAUUUAUAAAUUGUUCAGCAUGUCUUUGAUGUAUCCAAACUAUAUUUGUUACCUAAUUUAAUGAAAAUGCAUUUCAGUUUACGAUUUUUGCAUUUUUCGUGAUGGCCAUCUUGUGUUUGUUUCUGCUGUGCUUACACUACCGUCUUCGCUUGGCCGUUUUUGACAUUGAAGAGAGCCUACUGCAGAACAAGUCUGUUUUUCAAUCGUUUUCCAUGUGCCCAUAUCAGGAUGACUACACUUUCUUCAAUCGGAACGUCAGCUUGACCUACAAUAUGGUCAGUUAUUUUUGUUUCAGAUGGUUUUAAAAAAUGUUUCAGAGGUUUAGAUAUUAAAUUUUGGGCUUUUUUGAAAGCAGGAUAUAUGAUCUAACGUUUGAAAAUAAUUUUUAUAUACAAAAAACUAUGAUUUGGCCAGUUUUAACUUUCUGUUCAUAUUACACUCCAGAUGCUACCUAUGAUAAUAUAAAAUUGGCUGUAAAAUGUUUCUGACCUAAAUAUUUUGGUCGUUUUUAAUAAAAUUAUGUAGAUAUGGAUGUGUUUUAGGAUUACUGUAUGAGAGGAUGUGGCACGAUGGCGUUCGCCUUCAGAAUUCGAAAAGUUAACGAGUCGGCGCCUUUAAUAAAGAAGAACAAGGACAAGAAGAUUUGCUUUAUGCAACAUGAAAUGGUCAGUUUUUAUAAGAUUUUUUGUUGAUUUUAGGUAAAGCUGAAGUUAAUGUUGAGGUUGGUGUUAAGAUCGGUCAAGAAGUUUAUAAAAAAUGGCUAAAAACAUCACUUUUGAUGGUUUAUAAGGGCUGUUUUAUACCUAUAUUUUUUGAUUUUUGGCUUUUAAAGCUGGUUUGAUCAGUAUGCUUUAACUUUUGUAGACGACAAGCUGUUUUUAAGCAUAUAAAGUAGUCUGAUACCUAAAAAUGUUUUAGGUAAUGUGCCGAAACGACUCGGCCGAAAUAAAACCAGAGAUCAGCGGCUGCAACACUCCGACGAACAUUGAAGCCUGUGCCGGCUUCAAUUCGGUCAAAAUACCGUCGGGCGAAAUCAUGGAUGGUGUGGCCCAAACACUGAGCGCCGAUGAAGAUGAAACGGUAAAUCAGAUCAAGGUAGCACUCUUGAGUAACGAUGAGUUAAAGGACUAUGUGAAUAACGUCAUGCACACCACCAACUUGAUCAUGCAAUGCCCGAUUUGUACGAUUCGUACCAACAAGUUUACGUGAGUUUUUUGGUUUUGUGUUUCUGCAGGCUUUCUUCUCGAUCGGCAGGCUGCAGAAUAUCGGUCGCAGCUUGAAAAUGAGGGUUUUGAGGUUUUUAUUGGAAAAAAAAAAGAUUUUUUAAUGGGUUUUGCAUUGGAAAUGAGGAUUUUAAAAAUUUUCUGUUUAAAAAUGUUUGUUUCAAUAUAAAAAUGUCCAAAAAUUUUCAUUUCUGGUACAAAAACAAUUGCCAAACUCAAAAACAAGAGUUUGGCGACUUGCGCCCGAACUUGCGCAGCCUGCAGAAAAUAAAAGUGCAACUGACUUUUUUGGACAUUUUUUUCAAAAAAUAGAUUAAGGAGUGGAUAGAAAAUUAUUUUUUUUAUUAAAAAAAAUAUUUUUAAAGUUUAAAAUUUUCAGUUUUAAAGACACUGUUGGCUGUUGCUUCCAGAAGCUGGUAACCCUAACUCAUGGUCAUGGCCAACGAUUCGAACAUUGCAGCGAGUUUGUGGUAGGUUGCGGUUUUAUAAGAAAUGAGUUUUGGAAAGAAGUUAUUGCGGUUUUUUGAAAAAUGAGUUUUGGAAAGAAAGUUCUUGCGGUUUUUUUGGAAAAUGAGUUUUGGACAGAAAGUUCUUGCGUUUUUUUUGAAAAAUAGUUUGGAAAGAAAGUUUUUUCAGAUCCAUUAAUUCUUUCGCAUCUACAUUAUUCAUGCUGCCUUUUCAGAUAUACAGUGAGCAAGCUUGCGAUGUCGGUCUGACUUCGAAUGCUCCCAAACGGUACCUGGACGCGGCCAACAAACAGAAAUGUUGA